UGCCAUCAGGUGAACGAGAAAGAGCAAGAUGAAAGAAGAUGCUUCCAAAAGCUCUGAUCAGAGCCUGUCUGAUCACACGCUUGGCACAGAUCUCCGGAGCACGAGGACAGGUCAAAGGCAAAACAGAGGGAUGAGGACUCGCCUAGGUUGCCUGUCUCACAAAUCAGACUCAUGCAGCGACUUCACAGCCAUCCUUCCAGACAAACCAACCCGGGCAUUGAAAAGAUUAUCCACAGAAGAAGCUACCAGGUGGGCAGACUCUUUUGAUGUCCUCCUGACUCAUAAAUAUGGAGUGGCUGCAUUUCGUGCCUUUCUGAAGACAGAGUUCAGUGAAGAAAACCUGGAGUUCUGGCUGGCAUGCGAGGAGUUCAAGAAGAUACGAUCAACGACCAAACUAGCUGCCAAGGCCCACCGGAUUUUUGAAGAAUUUAUUGAUGUGCAAGCACCGCGAGAGGUAAACAUAGACUUCCAGACACGAGAGGCGACAAGAAGGAACCUACAAGAACCAUCACCAUCAUGUUUUGACCAAGCCCAGGGGAAAAUUCACAGCCUUAUGGAAAAAGACUCUUACCCCAGGUUCCUGAGGUCCAAAAUUUAUACAGACCUGUUGUCUCAAACUCAGAGGAGGCUCAGUUAGGGCAGGGAUCAGGAGGAGUGUCCUCCUUAGACACCAUGAGCUUCCCGCACUAGCCACAUCCAUUUCUAUGUGUGACGUUAAAUACAUUUUCUUACAACAGCAAUAGAAGGAGAGGAGAAAUGGAAGAAGCAUGGAGAGACUGAGUUGUGUACAUGGAUAAAACAUUUCACAGUAUGAAUCCAGUGCUGUCUUUGGGUCCUCAUCAUUCUAUGUAUGCAUGUCUGUAUUUUAACUGAAGACCAUGCAUAUGUAUAGCAGUAAAAUCCUUAGCCCAGCCCUGUAGAAGCUUCUAGCAUAUUCCAUAUAUUUGGGCAAAUUAUAGGUAUAAAAGUAAGGUUAAGAACAAUGAUCAGAUUGGACUACUCUCUGAAAUGUUGCUGGAAGAA